AUGACUUUUUGGUGGUGUCUCCAUUAUUAUUUCGUUAUUUCAUUAACAUUUAAGAUAGUAUGGACUGUUCCUCCAGACUACUGCUUUGCUUCCUUUAACGCCAGCGACUGCCACUUACCCCCGAAACCAGUAUUCUACUACUACAAACCAGGUUCCCGAUGCGCAAUCCAAAUGUGGCGAGGAUGUCCAAACCUCAAUAUGUUCGAAAGCGAAUACCUUUGCAGCCUAAACUGCAUAAUUAGAAUGAAUACUGUCACUCCGGAGCCUACCGAAGAAAAUGUUACAGAAACAACAAAAUCAUUUAAAACAAAAUUAGAAGAAAUGGAUGAUCGACAACUUCAGGAAAUCAGUUCUAUGCUGAAUCAAAUAAUCAAGAAUAUAAACCCUGUUACAACUACUACUACCACAGAAAUAACUGCCUCAACUACCACUGAACAAUCUACUGACACUACGGAAACAACUACAACACGGAGCAUUGAAGAUUACGGCGACCACUCAGACAUACAGGGUCAAAUGGUGGGCUAA